AUUAUUCCCUCAAUCCGCCUGCUAACACAUAACGGUCGUAAUUUCAACAUCAUUCUAUACUACCAUUCAGACGACCUAUGUCUCAUCAGUAUCCGCCACCAGGCGGAUAUCCAGGUUAUCCGCCAUCCCAAAGCCAUCCACCCCAGCCUGGGUACAAUCAACAGCCGUACGUUCAGCAACCUUAUACACAACCAGGAUAUCAACAGCCAGGUCAACACUCGCAGUAUCCCCCACAGCCUCAAUACACGCAAGUCCCUCCACAGGCUCAAUAUCCGCCUGUUCAUCCUCAAGGUCAAUAUGCGCCAGCUCCUCAAUAUGCACCAGGCCCACCCCAAGGUCAAUACGUGCAACCAGGCUAUAGCCAACAUCAAGGAUACGCUCCGCCGGCACAGUACGAAGCACCUCCUGCCCAGGGGCAAGGCCAGUAUCCUCCGUCUCAGCAACAGCCGUACGGGGCUCCACCAGGCCAUUACUAUGGUGUUCCUCCUCCGGGACAACACGGAGCCCCUCAGGGACAAUGGGGAGUACCUCCCGGAGCGCCAACUCCUCCCACGCUAGGAUACAUUCAGGGGCAGAUGGCACCAUAUGAAAUGACAGUUAAGCUACCAAUCAUUUACAAGGCCUUACGUGGUAGUAUCGGCAUCGACGAGAAGGCGUUGAUCGGUACCUUAAGUAAACUGGAUCCACUACAAAUCGCAAAGCUUCGGGCAGAUUAUGACACCGAAUGUAAACAACGCCUCGAAACCGAAAAAUUAUCCAAGACUUGCGAUUCCAAGACUGGCGAUCCCCAGACUCACGAUUAUCUGAUUUUAGAUAUCAAAGCUCAUGCUGUUUUCGGGAAACUGUCAAAGUCCCUGGAAACUCUCAUUGCGAUUGUACAAGGUCCACUAACGCAUGAUGUUGAGGUUCUUGACAAUGCCUUGGUAGGCAUAGGUACAAAGGAGAGUGCUCUUGACGAUGUGCUGGUGGGACGUUCGAAUGCAGACAUGAACGCUAUCAAAGCUCACUAUCAGGGCACAAAGAAAAAGUCCUUGGAGAGCAACCUUAGAAGCGACUUGUCGGCGGCUACGGAAGAGAUGUUCAUGAUAAUCAUCAGUGCGCGACGUAACGAGGAUUCUAUUCCAGUCGAUCUGCAUCAAGCUCGCGAGGAUGCAAAGGCGCUUCGACAUGCUAUGACUGGCAUCAAGAACCAAGUACAGUUCUGCAACAUUUUGCUACUCAAGAAUGACGCUCAAGUCCGCGCCAUCGCCUAUGAGUUUCAAAAUCAAUUCUCACAGAAGCUGGUCGAUGCGAUCAAGAAGCAAUUCUCCGGACACAUGGAAGCCACUCUAAUGUUGUUUGUCAACCGUGCCGUUGACAGAGUGGAAUCGGACGCAGUUCAACUUGAGGAAACGAUGAAGGGUCUAGGCACCAGGGACACCAUGCUCAUGAACCGUGUUGUCCGUAUGCAUUGGAACCGACAGCACAUGCAUGCUGUGAAGGAUCGAUUCAUAAAGCUGUAUGGAAAGACGCUACGGAAACGCAUCGAGAGCGAGACAAGCGGUGACUUUGAAAAGAUUCUGGUAGCUUGUAUCGAGUAGAGAAGCAACUUCGGUCGAGGAAUCUCCCUUACUACGCUGUCGAGGCCAUACUGUAAUUGAAAAUUGACCUAUAUACCAUACCACCCGUAGUAUACGUACAUGAUGCAUGAAAGACCUCCAACCCCGUCUAAGUGACGAUCAAAUCUUGCCUUGAAAUUCAAAUACGUCCGCUGAAGAUACCUGCAUCAAAAGACAGAUUGCAAAGAAGGUGGUUAUCAGGCACUACUUGAAUUCCUGACAACAGUGAACCAGACUGAAAACAACCCG